AUGAUAACUUUUUUAAACGAUAAUGUAAGAGAUAAAGUCUCACCUACUUCUAAUACUCCAAGUCAAAUAUCAGACCAUUUUAGAAAUAAUAAUAUCGCACCUACAUUAGAAACUGUUAUCGAUUAUAUUAUCAAACUUCAAGCACCAGUUGAUGGAAAUUUUCGCGAUGAUUCCAUUGUUAGGAUAAGAGAACUGAUAUUGGAUUCUAUUAGUUCUGAAGAAAGGGAUGGUUAUGAAACUCUUGUCAACCAAGUUCUUCAUGACUUGGCCCCGCCUCCAACUCCACCACAAAUUUCAGUUUCAGUUUCUUCUCUCCCUUUUUCCGUGUCCGAGGCAAUGUUAAAAGGCUUUGUCUUUUGUCCACAUACCAAACCGAAAGAGUCUCAAGAAUAUAAUUAUAGCACGACUCUAGACGAGGGAAUUCCCCCAAACUAUUAA